AAACACGUUGCAUUUUAAAGGAUCGCGCUCGAUAUUUCUGCGAGGUGUCCUAUAUGGUAUUCGUGGAACGGGGCGAUGAAGCGCGACGUCUCGUUCCUGUCGCAGACGCAAAAAUCGAACAGUGCGCUCAGCGAGCGCGCGAUUGACGCUUGUAACGUUGUAACGGAGUCAUCACGUCGGCGUUACGUCGACGACGUCGUCGGGCAGUAAUAAAUAACGACUACCGACGACUGGCUGAAAGCCGAAGUUUUGACGGCAAAGUUUGCUUUAAUCUUCCCCACGACCGAAGAUUUCAUCGAUCAUCGUCGAGGUCGACCUCCCGCACUGCACCGAUCGCGUCUACUCCUGUCAGAUAUACUUACAUGAUUACCCUAAAAAUGUGUAAUUAGGCAGAAUUAGAAAGCGAGCACACGAGCAUGACCCGUUGUGAUGAAGAAUGUAUUGUAUACUCUGGUGUACACACUGUGGAUUGAAUAUACAUAGCCUCUCGCAGUAAUUAUUAUUCAGUCAGCUUUGCUACUACAACAGUUUUACUCAAAUUUGAUGAAUAUAUGAAUUAUCAACAUAUAGAAGAAAUUGGAAGUUACAAUAUGCAAGAAUCAUGAUAGCUGGAGAUCUAUCGUGAAAUAUCACAUUUAUUUAAAGGAGGACCAAUAAAGUAUACAAUAGCAAUAUGUUUGGUUGUUCCAGGGAGGCUGUACGUGUCAAAGUUAAGAAAUGUGAAACUAGGCAUCAACCUGAAUACCGCAAAUUUAGUGUGGAUCCUCAAAUAACAUCAAUAGAAGUAUUGCAGAGUAUUCUUAUCAAAGCUUUUGAUAUAAAAGGGGAAUUUACCGUUUCGUAUCGAGCGAUCGACGACUAUGGUUCUGAGACGUAUCUGUUCUUACUUUCGGAUUGGGACUUGGACGCUGCGUUUAUCAGUGCGUCCGAGCCGUACCUUUAUCUGCAAGUAAACCUGAAACCUUUUGGUGAAACCGGAGACUGCGAGUGUUACUGGGAGCAAAAUGCACAGGAAGUUACGACACGCCAGCAGGAAACUGGAUUUCCUUACAGAACUCCAAAGCUGCCUGGUCUUAUAAUGAAUAAAUUGUUUGGUGUAUCCUAUCUCCCGUUUAAUUUUUCGUCACAGAUGGAAAAGACACUGAAUAUGGUGCAACGUGCGUUGGGUAACUUAGGCGAGGAAUCAUCUCAUCAGCAGAAUAUUCAUCCUCCUAGACCGCCGUUAACAGACGCCGAGUUUCGCCGAUUUUUGGAUCCGAUCGGCCAAGUGGUGCACUCCAAAGAUCUAAGAGCUGUUAUCUAUUUUGGUGGGAUCGAACCCAGCUUGCGCAAAGUAGUUUGGAAACAUAUUCUGAAUGUAUAUCCAGAAGGGAUGUCGGGUCGCGAGCGAAUGGAUUACAUGAAGAGAAAAGCGCAGGAAUAUCAGAAUUUACGCGAACGGUGGCGCGUGCUAGUGCAAAAGGGUCAGAACAUCGGCGAUCUCGGUUAUGUCACCAGUAUGGUAAGGAAGGACGUCCUCAGAACGGAUAGGCAUCACAAGUUUUACGGCGGCUCAGACGACAAUCAGAACACAGCGAGUCUUUUCAACAUUUUAACGACAUAUGCUUUAAAUCAUCCGAGUGUAAGUUACUGCCAGGGCAUGAGCGAUCUGGCUUCACCCCUUCUCGUCACAAUGCGAGACGAAGCUCAAGCCUAUAUUUGCCUCUGCGCCCUUAUGAGAAGAUUGAAAGACAACUUUAUGCUUGACGGCAUCGCCAUGACCACGAAAUUUGCUCAUCUUGCAGAAGGUCUCCAGCAUUACGACCCCGAUUUUUAUGCGUACUUAAAAUCCCAUCAAGCAGACGAUCUGCUAUUUUGCUAUCGUUGGCUGUUAUUAGAAAUGAAACGUGAGUUUGCAUUGGAUGAUGCGCUUAGAAUGCUCGAGGUUCUGUGGGCCGCUUUACCGGCUACACCGCCGACUGGCGAACUGAGUCUUGCCGAGGUGCCUUUUCCGCCACCAUCGCCUCCGCCGAGUCCGAACGUAAAGCACAUUCGUGAGAACGCGUAUACUAAGGUUUGCGCUAUCAGACGACAAAGUUCCUCUGCCAGUAUCGCCGCUAGCAUAAAGCGAAGAACCUUUAGCACAGAAGACUCAACUCUGCAAUCAGCUACCGAGGUUAACGGAGAAACGAAAAGAUGCAAUUCGCCAUAUGAAGCGUUUUCUGAUUCAGAAAACGAUUUGACCAAUACAAAAAACAAAAAAAAUACAGAGUCGACGGAAAAGUGCCUAAGUACAGAUUCUAUUCCAGUUAAAUCGAAACGCUCGAAUCUUUUCGAAUUGAAAGACAGAUUGUCUAUCUCCAACAAAGAACAAAUUAAAAAUAAUGAGCAAAGCGACAAUUCUGGUGAAAAGAAAUGUGCACGAGUGGUAAAAAAUUUGAACGAAUUUUUGAAUUUCACUAGCCUCAAUCGUAGUAAAGUCACGCCAAGUGAUGUCGAACCUGAACUCAGACGUGUCUCAAGCGAAAGCGGCGUCAUCAGAGUGUUGAGGGACGAACCGAAUUCGCCGGACGAUUCCACGGAUUUCUUUCCGAUGACUACGUCGAUGACUAGAGAAUUAAGACUGGAAUUGGAAUCACUGGAUCGACAAGUGUUUGGACUUUCACCGCCCAGCGAGCUACAGUGCGAUUGUGUGCUCUCGAAGAGAGAAAAUGAAUUACCAGAGAGCGAAACCGAAACAGAAUUAGCGAGGUGCAGUCCGGCGGCAGACGUCUUCGUAUGGGAAAAUCCGUUACACACAUUACAACAGAAGCAUCAUCCCACGACUCCGGACGAGCAGGCGGAAUUGGAGUAUGACGGUGAAAUUUUGGAAGAUCAGAAUGGCGUAAAAUCCGUCACGCCGAUUAGAUUGCUCAAAUGCACUAUUAGGUCCGAAUCGGCAUCGGACAGCGAAGGCACCGAGAGUUGGCAUCAAAACCCUGUAUCGGAAAGCCCGACAAAGCAACAACAGCAGCAAUCUGUUCAAGAGCAAUGCGAGGAGGCAACGGAGCUAACUAAUCUCAUACCCGCGGGAACGAGCGAGGAUCAACUGGGUGAAAGUUCAUUGCCACCUCCGCAUGAAUUCGGCGGUGGCAAUCCAUUUUUGAUGUUCCUAUGUAUCACUCUUCUAUUGCAACAUCGAGACUUUGUUAUGCGCAAUCAAAUGGAUUACAACGAGAUGGCGAUGCACUUCGACAAGAUGAUUCGUCGUCACAAUGUGAUUCGUGUGCUUAAUCAGGCGAGACAGCUGUUCGCCGGUUAUCUUAGAAGACAUUCGGCCUCGUCCUCGGCCGGCUCGAUUUCUACUGGCAAGCCGGAUUGUGUGAAUGUAUAACUUUUCUCCAAUUAUCUCUUAAAAAAUUGUUAAAUCAUAAUCACACACAGGCGACCUGAGAUUUGAGAAUUAUUUCAGUCGAAAAAUUGGAUUACAUAUCACCGAAAUUCUGUCAUCGAUUAAUAUUCCGAGGUACUUCAAGAGAACUCUAAUUCUAUUAUGAUGCUCUUCCGUUCGUGACAUUCACGAGAUGUUCACGACGUUUGUUGUAGGUACAGUUGCAUUGUAUAAGCAGUGUCUCUGAUUAAUCAUUUUUUUUUUCUCUAUCUUCUUUCUCAUUUCAAUAUGUAUACAUAUAUUUAAAAUUAUAUACAUUCAAAAUAAAUCCAAAUCUACACAACGAAUAAAUGAUCAAUAUAUAACAAGAAAGCAAUAAAGUGCAAUGUAUCUACAUAAGAAUUUUGGAAUAUUUUUUUCUAUAAGUAUAUAAUUUUUCCAAAAUUGAGGGAAAAGGCGAUUAAUCAGAGACCUAGCUCGUACUUAUCUAUCAUUUUAUAGCAUCUGUGUACAAGACAUCUUUCAUAUUUCGCAUAAAGGAGUAGAAAAGGAUCUAGGAUUCUAGUCGGGAAGCUGUCAAAAGACAACGAUCGGAAAUGCUUUAAUUAAUCAACAAACGGCACGCGUAGUUACCGUUCUAUCGUAACAUUAUUGCACAAUAUCAUGCAUACGCGUCAACAAAUCCUUUCUCGCUGUAUCUUAUAGAAUUAAGUCCGCUUAGUUUAGCGUGCUUGAGGAUGAAUAUCUUGCGAUCGCGUCAUCCUCGAAUGCGUUAAAUAUGUAAAAUAUAUAUCUAUAUUCUAUCCUAGCAGAGCUGAAUCUUACUUUGUUCUCAAACAGUAUGCUUGGGAAACGACAAUAAAGUGCAUUUAAUUUUAUUGCUAAUA